AUGAACUCUGACCUUGGGGAGCUCCUGAACUCCAACCUUCUCCUUCCCAGCAUGCACCUGUGCCUGGAGGGCCUCCACAUGUACCAGAGGGCUGGGUUGUUCUGCCCGAGAGACCCUGGAGCUGCUGCAUCACCUCCUGGGCGUGUCGGAGAGACGGCAGAAAGAGGCCGAGUGGCCUGGGGCCUCUCAGAGCACCAGAGGCCCAGACUGGGAGGCCUGCUCUCAGAGCACCAGAGGCCCAGACUGGGAGGCCUGCCUCAGAGCACCUUCCCAGACUGGGAGGCCUGCUCUCAGAGCACCAGAGGCCCAGACUGGGAGGCCUGCUCUCAGAGCACCAGAGGCCCAGACUGGGAGGCCUGCUCUCAGAGCACCAGAGGCCCAGACUGGGAGGCCUGCUCUCAGAGCACCAGAGGCCCAGACUGGGAGGCCUGCUCUCAGAGCACCAGAGGCCCAGACUGGGAGGCCCCCUGGCAGGACAACCGCAGCCCCUCGGCAGAGUCCGAUCUACAGGGCGAGGGCAGCAGGCGCUGCCUCCGUCCUGCUUCAUCCCUGCGGCCUGCUGAUGGAGACGGAGACCACCUGGCCGCCCGUCUGAUGGCACCUCAGGUCCUGUGUGGUGACGGACAAUCAGAGGAAGAGCAGACGCGGACCAGCACCACUAACUUGAGGUGGUUUUCAGCAAGCAAGCGCAGAGCUUCUCUCAAGGCAGCGAAGGAGAAGCAGCGGGGGGACGUGCGGGCACAGCAGCAGCAGCAGGGGGACGUGCGGGCACAGCAGCAGCAGCAGGGAGACGUGCGGGCACAGCAGCAGCAGCAGCAGCAGCAGGGACACGUGCGGGCACAGCAGCAGCAGCAGGGACACGUGCGGGCACAGCAGCAGCAGCAGGGAGACGUGCGGGCACAGCAGCAGGGAGACGUGCGGGCACAGCAGCAGCAGCAGGGAGACGUGCGGGCACAGCAGCAGCAGCAGGGGGACGUGCGGGCGCAGCAGCGGGAAGUGGAAGUCCUGCUGCAGCAGAGAGACAAGCAAACAAACCGUGCAGUUCAAUUUCUGCUGAUGAAACAACAGGACGCACUGGAGGUCAGCAGCCUGGUGAAGCUGAGGGAGGCCGAGGGGAUCCGGCUUCAGGAGAUGCUGAGGAUGGAACAGGGGAGGAGCGCCCAGCUGGCGGCCGGGUUCGAGAGGGUCUGCGAGGUGCUGAAGUCCAAGCUGUCCGUGACUGAGAGCGGCAACGAGAGCCUGGCUGGUCAGCUGCGGCCCCAAGGAGAAGUACGACCGCCUGAGGAAGCGCUGACCGGGCCAAGAGGGGAGGCUCCAGGGGGAGGUCAAAGACAAGGAGCAGAUUCAGAGGAGGCUCGAGGAGACGAAACGAGAGCGAGGAGACGAAGCGCAGAGCGCCAGGAGACGGGCGAGCUCGAGGAGACGGGCGAGGAGCUCGAGGAGACGGGCGAGCUCGAGGCCAAACGGGAAGCAGAGCUCGAGGCCAAAAGAAGUGACCAGGAGAGGGAGGCCAGCCUGAAGACGCUUGGGAGACGAAGCGAGAGCUCGAGGCCAAACAGAAGGGAGAGCUCGAGGAGACGGGCGAGAGCUCGAGGAGACGAAGCGAGAGCUCGAGGCCAAACAGAAGGGAGAGCUCGAGGAGACGGGCGAGAGCUCGAGGAGACGAAGCGAGAGCUCGAGGCCAAACAGAAGGGAGAGCUCGAGGAGACGGGCGAGAGCUCGAGGAGACGAAGCGAGAGCUCGAGGAGACGGGCGAGAGCUCGAGGAGACGAAGCGAGAGCUCGAGGAGACGGGCGAGAGCUCGAGGAGACGGGCGAGAGCUCGAGGCCAAACAGAAGGGAGAGCUCGAGGAGACGGGCGAGAGCUCGAGGAGACGGGCGAGAGCUCGAGGAGACGGGCGAGAGCUCGAGGAGACGGGCGAGAGCUCGAGGAGACGGGCGAGAGCUCGAGGAGACGGGCGAGAGCUCGAGGAGACGAAGCGAGAGCUCGAGGAGACGGGCGAGAGCUCGAGGAGACGGGCGAGAGCUCGAGGCCAAACAGAAGGGAGAGCUCGAGGAGGCAGGCGAGCUCGAGGCCAAACAGAAGGGAGAGCUCGAGGAGACGAAGCGAGAGCUCGAGGCCAAACAGAAGGGAGAGCUCGAGGAGACGAAGCGAGAGCUCGAGGCCAAACAGAAGGGAGAGCUCGAGGAGACGAAGCGAGAGCUCGAGGAGACGAAGCGAGAGCUCGAGGCCAAACAGAAGGGAGAGCUCGAGGAGACGAAGCGAGAGCUCGAGGCCAAACAGAAGGGAGAGCUCGAGGAGACGAAGCGAGAGCGCGAGGAGACGAAGCGAGAGCUCGAGGAGACGAGGCGAGAGCUCGAGGAGACGGAAGGGAGAGCUCGAGGAGACGGGCGAGAGCUCGAGGCCAAACAGAAGGGAGAGCUCGAGGAGACGAAGCGAGAGCUCGAGGCCAAACAGAAGGGAGAGCUCGAGGAGACGAAGCGAGAGCUCGAGGCCACAACCGGCAGCUGCGGAGGUGCUACGCCCGUGAGGAGCACAGGCUGGCAUGAAAGCGAGGGAAAGCUCUGGCGGAGAGAGGCCGGCGCGCUGGUCAAGCUCGUGUCCGACCUGAAGCAGGACAAAGCGGAGCUGAGGGAGGAGGCGGAGGCGUUGCGGCGGGAGGCAGGGAGAGCGGAGAGGCUGAGGGACGCCGUCGGGACGCUGGAGAACGAGCGACUGCUGCUGCUGGUGGAGAUGGAGGUCCUGAGGCAGGACUACGUCGCCCUUAGCUUACCCGUGAUCGCGACAGAGUGA